AUGUCUACCUCAAAGCCAAAGAGCGGAUCCAAAGCCAAGUCAGGGUCUAAGAGCGCCGAUAAGGGUUUGGGCGCACAGAUUGAGCACGUGUUGGGCGAACCCAACGAUCUCUUCAAACUGAUGUUUGUGGUCAACGAUUGUCUCAAAGACAUCAACCAAUGGCCGCACGAGACGGACGCCAAACAUGUGGUGAUCACAAAAGUGACGGAAAUGUUUGAUUACAUCGGAGAGAAGGCCAUCGACUUGUGCUUUGAAAUCGCCGUCAAUUACGGAUUCAUUUACCCCAAGAAAGACGAGACCACCGGCAGAAUCAGAUAUGUCUCGCGACGGCGCGAAGAAUUGGAUUUGAGUCACGACUGGUUUUGCUUCGACUGCGAUAUUCUUGUGGACAAACGGAGCCAACNUGUCGCCGAAGACUGCGAAAAAUACAACUGUUUGUAUUGCAAACGUGUUAACGAAUGGGAGACCGACGGACACGUGAUGACACCCAUCGGGUCCCAAGUGGUGGACCAAAACAAAGUGAACAAAUUGAUUGGUUUUCUGCUCGACUUUCUCGACACCAAAUUGAAGGACAAAUUAAAGAAUCUGACCAUUAAUAUGGAUAAAAACAAUUCGGCUUUCAUUUACAAAACAAUGGAUUUGUCGCUAAUGAGAGAAUCGGUCAAAAGAAAUGAAUACAAAAGUGUGGCUAAGUUUGAGGACGACUUCUUCGUAUAUAUGCAUAAUUUACACAUUAAUGCAACAAAUUUCUCGCAAAUAUACAGCAAUUUCGCUGAUUUAAGAUUUUUAUUGGUCAACGAAGUCGAGGAAUUGCGCCGAUGUUAUCAUUGCUAUGAGAUGUUUAACGAUAAGGUUUUUCAGGCGUACGACAAGAACUGGUUCUGUCGGCCCUGCGAUCCGCCGCAUGAGCUCGUGUUCGUCAAACUCAAGUCGUUUCCCAUAUAUCCGGCAAAAGUGAUCGAAAAGACCGGCAAUAAAGUGUUUGUCCGUUACUUUGACGCCCACUUAACCAAAAUGGAGGUCAAACCGAAGGAUAUCCUCAGUAUUAAUGAUUCCGAUAUUAGAAGUUCUGUCGAGAGUAACAAGAAUUUAGUCAAAUCGAUGCAAAUGUUGCGAAAACACGAGGAAUUGUUGGCAAAAAUGAAUCUACCGGCGACUGCAGCGGUCGAAGACAUCACUGAUACGACUGACAUGUCAUUUGACGAAACCAUUGAAACGGUUGUGAGGAAAGGCCGAAGAGGUCGUAAGCCUAAACCCAAGAGCAUUCUGGAGACGCCGUCGACAUCGAGUGAUAAGAUGGUCGACAGUAUUAACAAAGAAGCGGUUGAUUCACGAGAUAUCGCUAUUAUAAGCGAUAAUAUCUCUCAAAUGACAACUCCUUCUAAGACUACUGACGAGAAGCCAGAGGUCGAGAUGCCGUCGGAUGCCAAAGACAAACGUCGUUCGGGACGACUAAUGGCUAUAAACCAAAACAAAGACAUCGGCAGCCCUUCAGUAGACAAACCCGACGUCAAUCAUGUGAUCCAAGAAAUUGAUUUGAUUGACGAAGAAAUGGAUACUAGUUUUGGUGCACCAGAUGUCAGCCAAACGUGCGAUAAUACAACGGAUGCCUCACAACAACAGUCACAACACUCUCAAAGUUCACAACCAGUUGUUGUCAACAAUAAUACUGAUCUGCAAUCAACUGAUCCCAAAGUGCCGAUGAAUAGUCCCGAGAAGGCGGACACCAAUUAUCGGCCGCCGAUUCACAAUCAGAUAUCACCACAAAAUUUGAAUUCAAUGACUACUGAAAUGCAUUCAAAGCGUUGCAAAACAGAUGCCAAACAGUCGGCCAAUUAUUUUGGCGAAGACUUUGAGGACUAUUCACAUAGUUUUCAGACAAAGUUUAACGAAUUGAUGGCAAUUAAAGAGCCGGAGAUCUCAAUGAAUCUCUGGUCUCAUGUCUGCCGAGUUCUUCACCUGCUUUGGUUUCCGUUCUUGACCAGUGUGGUUUGCAAAGAGUUGGCAAAGUUUUACUGUUGUCUCAGAUAUUAUUGCGGCGAUGAGUGCCAGAAGAAGGACUGGUUGUCCGAGUUGGCAAAGUUUUACUGUUGUCUCAGAUAUUAUUGCGGCGAUGAGUGCCAGAAGAAGGACUGGUUGUCCGGUCAUCACAAGCAAUGUCUUCUCAUAUCUCCCAAUUAA